UGUCGCAUUCACACACGCAACACUUGAGCUCCUGCCAAGGGAAAAAGGGAGGGACGCAAACGCCCAACGAGCUCCCAGUUUUUUUAGGUUUGCGCGUUGCCAAGAUCGAUCCGGCUGCGCCGACGGAGGUGUAAAUGGCGCCGAUCUGGUCGGCGGCGCUGCCACUGCUGCUUCUUCUUCGUCACACCAUAGGAUAUCACGGUGUGGCACUCGAUCCGGAUCAAGUGGUAGCAGCGCACCGCCGACCUUGGCUGCUUGAGGAAAUCGACCAGGGCCACCAUCCUCCGGGUGUAGGACAUCACCCUCCUGGAGUGGGGCAUCAUCCUCCGGGCGUUGGACACCAUCCUCCCGGUGUUGGACACCAUCCUCCCGGCGUUGGACAUCAUCCUCCUGGUGUCGGUCACCAUCUCCCCAAGCCCUCGUCGCUAGCUCGGGCAUUUGUGGCACUGCAAGCCUGGAAACGCAUGAUCUUUCGCGACCCGCUAAACAUUACCGGGAGCUGGGUGGGCAGCGAAGUAUGUAACUACAGAGGUGUCUUUUGCGGGCCUUCUCUCCACGACCCUACACUCCGCGUUGUGAGUGGGAUUGAUCUGAAUCACGCCAAUCUUGGUGGUCAACUCCCCAGUGAACUGGGACUUCUGACCGAGCUCGGUAUCUUUCAUGUGAACAGCAACGAAUUUACAGGGGGGCUACCCGAAAGUCUGAAAAAUCUCGUUCUCCUUGGAGAACUGGACGUAAGUAACAACAAGCUGUCUGGAGUAUUUCCUGCUGUUACUCUGCAAUUGCCAAGUCUUAUAUAUCUGGAUAUAAGAUUCAACCGGUUUUAUGGAAGCAUACCCGCAGAAAUCUUUGAUAAGAAGCUGGAUGCACUCUUUGUCAACAACAAUAACUUCGGAAAUCCUAUCCCGGCCAAUUUCGGAAACUCUCCAGUUUCUGUUGUGGUCCUCGCCAAUAACCAGUUCACUGGAAAUAUUCCGAAUAGCUUAGGAAGCAUGUCGAGGACAUUAAAUGAAAUAGUAUUUCUCAACAACAGUCUCGCGGGUGCUCUACCAUCAGAAAUCGGACUUUUGAAUCAAGUAUCUGUAUUUGACGUGGGCUUCAACAAACUAAGUAGCGGUUUGCCCGACAGCAUCGCGAACAUGGUUGAGCUGGUUGAAUUCAACGUCGGAAACAAUUUCCUCUCCGGAAUUCUGACUGACAAUGUCUGCAACUUGCCGAAGAUAAGAAAUCUGACCUUUUCUAACAACUACUUCAUUGGGGAGAGUCCCUCGUGCGCGUCUCUAUCAAGACGAGGUGUGACGGUAAGUACGAGCGGGAACUGUUUCUCAAGUCAGAGUGGCCAGAAGUCAGGCAAAGAAUGCAGAGAUUUCUACGCUCCACCUCCACCUUCAGCACCAGCUGCUCCACCGGUGGGAACACCCCCACUAUCUCCGACACCUCUCCCUCCUAGCCCGAUAUUUUUUCCACCUCCAACUCCACUGGCACCAUUCGGCUCUCCACCUCCACCGUCGCCAAUCGGCUCUCCUCCUCCCCCACUAUCUCCGACACCUCUCCCUCCUAGUCCGAUUUUAUUUCCACCUCCACCUCCACCGUCACCAACCGUUUCUCCUCCUCCAGCAUCCUGUCCAUCGGGAUAUAGCAGGGGUCAAAAUUCGGGACAUUGCUUCCAGCUUGUGAAGCAGCAUGCAACCUGGAGCAAUGCCGAGAAAUAUUGCGCACAACAUGGGGGUCACUUGGCAGCAGUGGCGGAUUUUAACGAACUCAAGGACAUCGGCGACUUUUGCAGCCAGGCUCCCCCGAAUCAAGCAUUGGUGGAUCCUUAUAGUCCUAAAGGUCAAGGAUGUUAUCUGGGAGGCCAGAAAGCGAACGCCUCCUGGAUCUGGCCGAGUUCUCCAUGCAUCAACUUCAACAGCAGUUACUGGAACUUCUUGGAGCCGAAUAACUUGUAUGGAAACGAAAACUGCGUGUCCAUAAAGUAUGAGCCCCCAAUCUUGCGAGCCUCGGCUUCUUCACUGGCAUACAUGCUCAACGAUCUAUUCUGCGAACACGAGCUUCCGUUCGUAUGCGCACCAACAAGAUGCUGAGCCCGAGACUAAAAAGUUACGUUUUAUAUAAAAUACAACCCGGCCAAGUCCUCCCAGCAUUAGCAGCAACAUCACCACCACCAGCAGCAGCACGCAGCGCUUUUCUCAAGCCGAGCACUAUAAACAGAUUCGUGACUGUAAGGAGCGAUUCGGCACCGCCGUGAAGCCAAUCAACGUUCGAGAGAGAUGUGCCGUAGUGAAGUUUGGCUGCAUGCAACACACAGAGUUCAAAUCGUCAUCAAAUCGUGGAUAUAAGGCUUUCGCAUUUGCGAGCGUACCAUAGAUGCCAGCAGGAACUGUGGUAGCACAGAAGCGGUUCCAAAGACGUACAUAUGUUGCAAGUUAGAUCCACAACCAAAACAAGACGAGAA